AUGCUACAACCAUUUGUUAUACAAGAUGCUUUAAAACGAAAGAUUUGUCACAUUCAUAAAUUGGAGUAUGAACUCAAGCCCUUGGGCAAAGAGAGAGGCUAUCCAGAGUUUAUUGAUUUUGAAGUAUUACCUAAAAGGGUAAAAGAAGUGUGUCAAAAAGAUUUAGAUCAGAUCAUAAGCAGAAAGCUUGAAAGUGAUUACUUGGAGAGGGCUCUAGCACGGUUCAAAGAAUUGGGGGAGAAAGCGAGAAGACCAGAAUACGCGAUUGAGCAAUUUCAGGAUUAUUUGCCUGGUUAUUAUGGUCAUAAAGGGUCUGAAGUUAUUUUAGAUGUGUUGAAUGAAUUGUAUCUUCAAACUGGGAAAGUGAAGCAUAGUUCUUUCAAACCUUUGACUGCUAUUGAAGUUUUACAACAAGUGUUGGUACCAGAAUGUGGUCUUCGUUUAAUUCAACAAGAUUACAAUGAGAAGAACAAGAAUAUAAGUUUAGAGGAAGCGAGAAAAAUUAUGAGGGGGAGUACAGAAUUUGGUAACUUGAUGUAUCCAAAAGAAGAAGAUGAGAUUGAAUCAGACAGAAAGGGAAUCUUAUCAAAUAACGAUGAGCAUGACAGUAAAUAUGAUGGGAAGGAAGAAUAUGAGUAA